AUGUUUGUGCCACGUGACUCGGGCCGGGGCAGGAGACGGCGGAACGUGACGCACGACUGGGGCGGAGCUCCGCCCCCGCAGCCCUGGCGUCGAGCGUCUCGUGACAGGUACUUCCGUUCGGGGCGGCGGCGGUGGCGGAAGUGGGAGCGGAGCCGGAGUCUUGGCCAUAAAGCCCGAGGCGGCGGCGGCGGCGGCGUUGGAGACUUGGACAGGCCCGGGAGUCCGCAGGAGCCUCAGCUUGGACCUCCCCGCGCGCCCGUCACCCCCCCGUUUCCUCCUCGGCGGAGCCCUCGCGACGCGCCCGGCCCGGAGCCCAGCGAAGCGGCCGCGGCCGGCCGAGAGGUGGCCGGGUGUGACCGCGACCGGCCGCGACCCGGGCCGGCGCCGCGCACGCCCUCCUCUCGGGCCGGCCGGCCGGAGCGGCCAGGUCUGCGCGCCCGGGCGGUGGCCAGCCGGCCGGCCGCGGGGGCGCCGCCCACCCCGCCCCGAUGCCAGGCCGAGCCGUGUGCUCGCCGUCCCGUCCGCCGAACGGCCGGCCGGCCGAGGGUCCCCGACGCCGGGAGUCCGCGGAGAGCCGGUCACAUAGCGAAGUCGAAGAUCGAGGAGGUUAAGUCACUGGUCCAAGGUCGCGGAGCGGAGAUCGGAGUGCGGGUCCCUGAAGCUUGGGAUCUGUCUCUUGCCACCCGCAGAGAGGUUGACCGGUGUGUCCGAGGUCACAGCGCUGGGGAGUGUGGGGCCAGGAAUUCCCUUCUUCCCCUUCUUGAGUCACGGCCCUGUGGCAGCCAGUGCCGUCAGCCUCAGCCUUCAGGAAUCCAGGCAGGUGAAGAGCCAGAAGUGGCUUUUGUCAGGCCCCGUCCGGAGAGUCUUGUCUGCCUGGACUGGAAGGACACCAGGGUCUGUCGAGUGCAUGCCCUCCCUGCUCGGUCCCGUGUAAGCCCCGAGGCCCCCCGAGGUCCCCGCUCCGCUGACGGGGGGAGGCGGACGCCGCCCCUGCUGGUUCCCAGUCGUCUCUGCCCGGCCUGUCCAGUGUCUCCUGAGGAGGGCCAGGGCUCCGGGUCCCUGGAAGGUGUGGGGUCCUUUCUGAGGACACUUGUGCUCUGGAGGCGGUGGCAGCCCCCAGCCCUCUCGGGAUCAGCGCCGAGGGGAGCUCAUCGUGGUCCUCAGGUGCAGCCCCGACACCGGUCCAGGGUCGGGACUGCUGCCCUCCUGACGCUGCUCUUCCCCUGAAAGUCUGUGAGGCAUUACUGAGGACCACGAGGCCCGUGACCGUAAGGAAAGUGAUCCGGGGUCAGGGUGAGGCAGGAGGUUGCGCACCAGUGGGGCCUCUUCCAUGCUGUGUGGUCCAGGCUCCGGAAGACUUCCUGAAGGGCUUUCUGGGGAAACAUGGUCUCGAGCUGCAAAAUCAGAUGUUGUUUCUGCCAAUAUUUGGUAACUGCUGAGCACUGGAGAUAGAGAAGAAAACGGUCUAGACAGAAACCAUCAGGAGAAGAGAGAUCAGUGUAAUAACAUUAAAAUGUCGAGUCCAGGUGACCCUCGCACGUGCAGCCCUGAGCCGCGUGUCCGCUUGCAGGAGGGUUUCUGGCUGAGCCGCGCGCCCCGUCGCCGCAGAGGCUCUCCUCGGUGCGGAGCUCGGCUCUGGGCGCAGCGGCCGUGGCUCCUGGGCCGCUCAGGGUCAGUUGCUCCGCUGCACGUGGGAACUUCCUGGGCCAGGGCUGGAAACCCUGUCUCCUGCAUUGGCUGGUGGAUUUCUAACCCCUGGACCACCAGGGACGCCCUUGAGGGUGUUUUAAGGACUGCGGAGCCCGCGUGGUUGAAGUGCAGGGGCAGGACCGCGGGUGCCGACGCCCGGCUGUGAGGUGGUCCGCGGUCUCCAGCUGUGUGCAGGGUCCGUGCUUUGAAGACAGGCGGCAUCAGGGGGAGAGGCGUCCUGCUUCACGGUGGACGAAGGGCUCGCCCCUGAGGAGACGUGCGUGAGCAGCACUGAGGCUCACCCGCGCCGCCUCAGCGUCCCGGAGGGCCGUGUGCGCCUGCAGGCUCCCCUGGGUGCUGCCUGGUGUGCUCCUGGCCUGAGUCCCGUGCUGAGUUGGGCGCUCCGUCCAGGCCCUAGGCGGCAGGGGGAAGCCAGCCGGAAGGCUUGGGCGCCGAGCUCCCAGGCCGCAUCGGUGCAUGUGCCGAGGGCGGGGCUCCCCUCGCAGUUCUGUCCUGCUCAUGUGCCUUCUC